AUGGAGAAGCCUGAGAAAGAGCCAGAUCUUGCCAUAGGAAAUGGUGGUAACGGGGACUUAACUGGUCACAGCACCAAGGAAAAUGGUUUUAUAUUAGACAGCUCAAUCGAGUCUUCACCGCCGCUGGGAUUCUGGACUCGCAUGGGUUGCACCGCAGAGUCUUUCCAGAGACGGACACUUGAGGAUAAGCAUAACCAAUUUAACCAGACGCUGAAGUCCCGGCAUCUUCACAUGAUUGCAAUUGGAGGAAGUAUUGGUGCCGGUUUGUUCGUUGGUUCGGGGUCUGCUUUGAGAACAGGUGGCCCAGGAGCUCUGGUUAUCGAUUUUGCAAUUGCCGGGAUGAUGAUGUUCAACGUUGUUCAUGCCCUGGGUGAGAUGGCGGUUUUGUACCCCAUUUCUGGCGGUUUCUAUACCUAUUUCACUCGUUUUAUUGAUCCUUCCUGGGGGUUUGCAAUGGGUUGGAACUAUAUAUUCCAAUGGGCGAUUAUAUUACCACUGGAACUUACGGUUGCUGCUUUGACAAUAGGGUAUUGGGAAGUCAAAGUUAGUGUAGCGGUAUGGAUCACCGUGUUCAUUGUUGCCAUCAUUUUGAUCAAUAUCUUUGGAGUCCUGGGUUAUGGCGAAGAAGAGUUUUGGGCCAGUAGUCUGAAGCUCGUGGCGAUUGUAAUAUUCAUGAUUAUAGCCCUGGUAUGCGUUCUGGGUGGCGGCCCAUCUCAUGGCAAAUACAACCAAUAUUGGGGUGCUAGGUUGUGGAACAACCCAGGGGCGUUUGCCAAUGGCUUCAAAGGUGUUUGCUCCGUAUUCGUUACUGCAGCCUUUUCCUUCUCUGGAACAGAAUUGGUUGGAUUGGCAGCAGCAGAGACAAAAACACCCUUAAAGUCGCUUCCAUCGGCGAUAAAACAGGUGUUUUGGCGUAUCACCCUGUUUUAUAUUCUAUCCCUUGUCUUCAUUGGCUUGCUGGUGCCUUAUACCGAAAAACGUCUUCUCGGUAGUGGCAGUCUUAUCGAUGUGGCAGCCUCCCCCAUGGUCAUCGUUGCAAAAGACGCCGGCCUCACAGGCUUUGAUAGCUUCCUCAACGUCGUCAUUUUGGUCUCUGUGCUCUCAAUUGGAAACUCAGGCGUGUAUGGAGGCUCCAGGACCUUGACUGCGCUGGCUGAGCAAGGCUAUGCGCCGAGAAUCUUCAAAUAUGUUGAUCAAGCCGGAAGGCCUCUUGUUUCUACUAUUGCAAUGAUCCUCGUGAGCUUCCUUGCAUAUAUUAACAUAACCGCGAGUGGUGAGGAAAUAUUCGCGUGGCUGCUUGCUCUCUCCGGACUGGCCUCCCUCUUCACUUGGGGCAGUAUAUGUUUCGCGCACAUUCGCUUUCGCGCUGCGUGGAAACUAAGGGGCCACACGUUGGAUGAAAUACCUUUCAAGGCUGCAUUUGGCAUCUGGGGAUCGUGGUUUGGUCUUAUUUUUGUUGGUCUUGUUUUCAUUGCCCAGUUUUAUACCGCUGUCUGGCCACUUGGUGGAGGUGUGAACGACGCAAAAGGUUUCUUCAAGACCUAUCUAGCUGUUCCUGUUGUCCUUUUAUUCUGGAUAUGUGCGCAUAUCUGGAAAGGCAAGGGGUGGUUGAAACUCUGCGACAUUGACGUCGAUGCUGGACGCCGCGAGAUAGACUGGGAGGCACAUAAUCGAGUUAUGGAGGAGAGAAAAAAUGCAUCUCCUUUUAUGAGGAUGGUUUAUUUCCUCCUUUAG